AUGUUAGAAAAAGAAACAGAUAGAAAUACUGAUCAGGACUCUCAAAUAGGCUCUGAAAUGAGUCUUCUUGAUUACAUUGAGGAACAAUCUCAAUUGGAAGAAGAAGCCAGAGAAAGUUUACCAUACAAUUUUGAUCACUGUACAUACGAUCGUCGUCUUCGCCAGCCUCUGUAUAUUUGUAAAACAUGUUCUCCAGCAAAAAAAGAGCUUCAAAAAGGCGGUAUUUGUUAUUCUUGUAGUAUUCAAUGCCAUGGAGGUGAACAUGAACUCAUUGAGCUUUUUUGCAAGCGUGAUUUCCGUUGUGAUUGUGGAACUGAUAGACUUGGAACAGAGAUGUGCAAGAUCCGUAAAGAAUGGUCGCCUAUUGAUACUGAUAAUCAAUAUAAUCAUAAUUUUGAAGGGAGAUUCUGCUGGUGUAAUAUUGAAUAUGAUCCUGCAACCGACCAGCGUACAAUGUUUCAAUGUCUUCUUUGUGAAGACUGGUUUCAUGACCAAUGCAUAGGAAUAGAAAGCAUUCCAAAUGAUGAAGACUCUGACUUAUUUAUCUGUCGAACAUGUGUAAAAAAAGAGUCAUGGCUAAAAAGAUAUGUAAAUGUAAAAGGAUUCCAAUGGAAUAAGAAUGAGAAGGAGUACAGUGAAGACAAAGCACAAAGGGACAUAUUGAAUACAACAAUUAAUGUUGAUCGGAAUUUUGAAACACAAAAUUCAAGUGAAUCUUGGGAAAAUAGAAAACGAGAAAUGAACGACAAUGAUUCGAUUAAAUUUCCAGCAAAAAAAUUUAAAACACAAGACUAUACUUUAAUAUCUUGUUCUUGGGAAGCCUUACCAUCAGGCCCUGAAGAAGAUAUAUCUCUUUUUCUUUCAAAAGACUUUAGGCUUUAUAUGUGUCAUUGUGUCCAAUGUCUCUCUUUAAUGGGAAAAAAUCCUGUGUUGCUAGCUGAAGAGGAAACAUAUCAACCGCCAGAAGACGAAGAUGAUGCUGAAAGCUUAAUGAAUGCCGGUAUUCGAGUGUUAAAUACUCUUCCUCGGGUCCAAGCAAUCGAGGGUAUUAUUGCAUAUAAUCAUAUAAAAAAUGCAUUAAGUAAAUUCCUACGACCGUAUGCAGAAGAAGGAAAGGUUGUUACAGAAGAUGCUAUUCGUGAAUUUUUUGAAAAGCAAAAGGAAGAAAAGGCAUCCAAUAUACUUAACGCAUAUAAGGAUACGACUUUUAAAAGUAAAUAA